CAAAAUGGCUGCUUGGGCCGAGCGCGAGGUCCUGGCUGAGAAGGGAGGGGGUUAAAGUUUGGAGCAGGCAAAAGACGCCCCCCUCCAAACGGUACUGAGCUUGCUGCAAAGUUACGGGUAUCCCUGUAGAGAAAACGGAGCCGGAGCGGGGAGGGACUGAGGGGCGGGGUAAGUCAGAACCGGAGCGAGAAGUCCCGUCGCCUGUUGCUGGAAUUCUGAGCCCCUUGACUCAAAUGCAUACUUUGAAUACUUUAAAAAAAUCUAUUCCAGUGCUCAUUAGGAGGGGAAACAUAGCAGGUACUUCAGGUGCAAAGUGCAAGACACCUUUGGACAGGCAGACUUGUAUAUCUCUAAUCAUGGCUUCUAAAUUCAAAAUAACCACUCUGAAUGUAAGAGGUCUGGGAAACCCUGUAAAGCGAAGAAGAGUUAUUUCUUUGUUGGCCAAAACUAAAUCUCAGACUACUCAUCAUUCAGCACAGCUGUUGAGGUGAGAAGAGUUGCUGUGAUUCAGGCAAAAGAAGCUAAUAAAGGAGGGACUCUGGCUCCAGGAUGAAAGAAAACACAUGGCAGACCAGCCAGCAACUGAAGGCUUGUGGCUAAACUGCUCUUCUAUCAGGGUUCCAUUAGGAGUGGUCUAGCUAUGGGGCUGCUGCCCUGGGCCUCCAGCUGCCAAGCUGCCCUGUUCUUGUUCUGCUGCCAUCUUCCCACAGCAGAGUCCAAGACACUCAACUCUGAAGAUGUGAGCUCUGUUUGACUGCAAAUUGUUGGACUGCUGCCAAAUCUAACAGAGGGAAGAAUAAUGAACAUUUCUGCAUAAUUGAUCAAAGUCUUCUACUCUGAUGCAAAUGCUCCCUUGAGAAAAGCACCAGAUAGUUUAAUAUCACUGCUCUUGGUCUGGCCACUUAAGAUACAGGCUUGCCUUGAAUUAUCUAAUAGUUUCAAAGACCCUUCCCAAUGUAAUGUGGAAUUGCGGCUUCAGCUGUAUGCCCCAGAAAACCCAGUUAGAACAGACUGUUUAUGUUUGACUGCAUUCUUGCUUGUGGGCCUUUUUGGUGUUCCAGGUGUCAAGCUGAUCAGUAACUCACAUACAAUUUCCUUUCUCAGGUUUCAGGAGUCAUUGGCCAGAUGGUGUUGGAUGUAGCCAUGAGAUCGCAGACUCGGAGGCAGGGAGGACAAACAUGUUUGGACAGGACAUCACUUUGGGUCUUUGGAUUGAGUGCCACCUCCAUGAGGCAACACAUCUGAACUCGGGCUGGUGACCUGUUGAGAAAAUUAAGCAGGAGGGACGAUGACAAGUACCAUACCUUCCAAGAAGCCUUACCGCAAGGCUCCUCCACAGCACCGUGAGAUUCGGCAUGAGUUGCCCACCCUGCGUGAUGACCAAGAUGGUGUGAUUUUGGCAGAACAAAGUCAGGAGUCACUGACAGAUGCUGAGAGGAUGAAGCUGUUGCAGCAUGAGAAUGAGGAGCUGCGUCGACGUCUGGCCUAUGUCACCAACAAAAUGGAGGCAAUGGAGAGGGAGUUGGAGUCUGGACAAGACUAUCUGGAGAUGGAGCUAGGCCAGAAUCGUGAGGAGCUAGAGAAAUUUAAGGACAAAUUCCGUAGAUUGCAGAAUAGUUAUACAGCCUCACAAAGAACCAAUCAGGAUUUGGAGGAGAAGCUGCAUGCCCUGAUUAAAAAAGCCGAGAUGGAUCGGAAAACCCUUGAUUGGGAAAUUGUGGAGCUCACUAACAAGCUACUAGAUGCCAAAACUACCAUUAAUAAACUGGAAGAGCUUAAUGAGCGAUAUCGUCAGGAUUGUAACUUGGCAGUGCAGCUCCUGAAGUGCAACAAAUCUCACUUUCGGAAUCACAAGUUUGCUGAUCUUCCCUAUGAGCUGCAAGACAUGGUCAGUAAGCACCUGCAUAGUACUCAGGAGUCCUCGUGUCCUGGCCAGGAAGCACUGCACACCUUGGCCCCAUCUGACAUUGUGCCAACCUCAGUCAUUGCCAGAGUCCUGGAGAAACCUGAGUCACUAGUGCUGAACUCCGCCAAAUCUGGCAGCGGCAGCUGCCCUGUUGCUGAAGAUGUCUUUGUGCAUGUAGAUAUGAGUGGAGCUCUACCUGAUGCCUGUCCUAGCUCAGGGCAGUCUGGGAAAGAGGAAGUGGAAGGAGGGAGACAACAGAAUGGGGGUUGCAAGCCACAGAGCAGCUUGGAGAGCCUACCUGGAGAGGUGCCGACAUUUGAGAAAUUGAGCCCGUAUCCCACCCCGCCCCCUCCACACCCUUUGUACCCAGGACGCAAAGUGAUUGAGUUCUCAGAGGACAAGGUGAGGAUCCCCAAAAACAGCCCUCUGCCUAACUGUACCUAUGCCACGCGUCAGGCUAUCUCUUUGAGCCUGGUUCAGGGGGAGGAGGAAAACUGUGACAAGCAGCGAACCCUUCCCAGUAGCCCUGCUUCAGAAGGCCAGCGCUCCACCUCCAGUUGCUCCUAUCAGCCAUCCCCACAAGUGAGCCAAGUGCAUGGUUCCUCACAGAGCAGCCCCUUCAGCAGUCCCCCCGAGGUUCCCAGCACUUUUGCUAGUUCAGCCAGCUCUGAGGAGGACCUGCUAGCUAACUGGCAGAGAAUGUUUGUGGACAAGGCUCCCCCUACAACAGAGCAGGUGCUGGUUAACCGUACUUCCUUCAGCCGUGACACAGCCCAGGAGCUCCAGAAACGCUUUAGCCGUUCCAUGCAGGAAUUAGGGCGGGCAGCUUCUGCUUACUCGGAUGGUGAGGAGUCGGUACAGAGCUGCAGCUGGACAAUGAGUAGAGAGUCAAGUGUGGACACAGACAGCACAGAGUCCCGGGCUCGCCGGAGCCACUUGUCGUCUGACUAUGGUACAGACUUCUCCCAGGAUGAGGUCCAUAAAUUGCUGCAAGGGAGUGGCAAUGAGGGGCUGGUAGAGCUUCCCAGUUCAUCUUCACCAGAGAAGCACAAGGACUGUGUAGACAGAGACUCACCUGGGAGCCCAGCUGAAGAACGGGAGAUGCUGCUCCAGGGAAACAAGGAAAACAGCCAAGAAGCCACCUCUGAACAAAGCAGGGAGUGCAAGAGCAAGCCUCUUACAAGCCGCCCCCACCGCAGUCCCAAGAGAAUGGGAGUUCAUCACCUCCAUCGCAAAGACAGCCUGACGCAGGCCCAGGAACAGGGCAACUUGCUCAACUGAGGGUAGGGAGGAAGACCGGCCUGGGGCAUCCAUGUGCAGCGGUCCAUCCCUUGCCCAAGGGCUCUGCCUGGAGUUGAAAGGAUCACCAUCAUGGGGCUCCUGCCCAGGAAUUCCAGGCCAUUUUUAUAUAUUUAUUGUAUUUUUAAUACCUAUGAAGAACGGAGAUUAGUUCUCCUGCAGCACCAGAAUAAAACACUCUGGUUUACGCCAGCUUAUGGCUCUGUGCUGGUGUUCACAGCUCACUUUGCACUCAUUCCCAUUCUUUUAAAGUUGUAUUCUGCCUUCACAGUCCUCUCCCAGUUUUUAUAUUGUCUCUGGAUCAUGAGUUACACUCCUUGGACACCUCCCACCUUUUCAGCCUGUGCCCCGAAAUGGGCACAUGUCCUUUUUUUUUCUUGUCUGAAUCUUCCACCAACCCACCAUGUAAAAGCAGGGUGUGAGGCACAAACAUUUCCACAUGUGGGGGUAUCUAGCUGUGUGUUGUUUGUCCAUUAGCUUUUAUUUUGCUGAAUUAGCUUUUAUUUUGCUGAAUUAAUGUUUGUUUCUUCUGGCUGCUGUGUGGAUGUGUGUCUGAGCAGAGUAGACAAUAUGCAGAGAUCACUUAUACAGAUACUUUACUGCUUAUGUCCUCAGCUGAGUGAGACACUUGCUGACACUUGAAGAACAAUGUGCUGGGGGAAUGUAAGGGCCCCCUGCUAGACUAGAGCUGGAGCUGCCCUGCUGCAUCAUUCAGAAAGGAUGUGCUAGAUUGCUUAACAGAGUAGCUUGUGUGUGUUGGUCUUUGCAGUUCUCAUGUUGGUUCUUACUUGGCUGGUCUCUCCUGUUUGAGUGGUGUUAGGUGAUAUAUGCUCUUUCAUUUACUUUGUUUUGUUUUUGGCUCAUAAGAUGUGCUCUCCUUGUCCUUUGUAAAUGAGCAGAGAACUUGCAGUGAGGAUAAGACAGCAUAUGUGCUGUACAAGGUAGGGUCAUCUCAGUCUAUGGCCAAACCAUAGUUUCUCCACCAUUGGCACAGAAAGAGAUGCAAGUUCUUCUUUGCCUCCUUGUAGAAGGCUGAUGAGGAUGAGCAUCCCUAUCUUGCACUGGAAUCCAGAUUUACACUAGUGCCUUCCCAAGGCCUUAUCCAAGGUCUGAUUUUUUUUUGCUCUUGUUCAUCUUUUCUGCAUGUUCAGUUGUGUUGCUGUUUCCUUUGCAGCUUUUUUUCUUCCGUAUGUGUAUACACACACAGCUGAAGUGUUGGGAGGAGGGGGAGAUUUAUAGCAUUUGGCUUUUCUUUCGAAAUACCAAGCUUUUUAGCUUAUUGUCUCUUGGAUUUUAAACAAGAGGAUGCAACCAGUGAGGUGACUAGAUUACUGAACCUAAUUUAUCUUGCCAGUUCUUUCUGUUUGAAUGAAGACCAUAUGAUCUUCCUCGAGAGGAGCACUCUAAAGCCUUUCUCCACAACGCAGGGAGUUCUUUCCCUUGCAAACACCAGCAAAGCAGCCAAAAGCUGCUAAGGAAGCCAGCGUGUAGCUUCACAGGACCAACAACCCUCCCUAAAUCACCUACAAUCCUUUGGCUACAGGGCUUAUGCUAUCCUUCGCUCCUCUCCAGACCUAGCAAGGGUCUGCCAUGUGUUAGGCUUUCUGGCCAUAGCAAACUGGAUGUGGCCUUGUUAAUUGGUUCUUUAAUCAUGUGUUGGGGUGUGACUCCAUAUAUUUUCGGUUAGCUAUGCUAAUAAAUUGGUGCUAAAGAUGGACACUCUUCCUUUAGCUUACUUGAUUCUUAACCUUUAAUGAUCUGACUCCCCACAGCUGGCAAUUGCUUGUUCUGCUCAGCCACUGUUGCUACUGCAGUAUUUUAAUUUUUGUAAGUGGUGGUGGGGAGGGAGACUUUGCUCGGUAAAGGGCAGGAUUCAGGCUGACAUUUCUUCCUGCCCCAGCCCUGUGCAGUUUUCUUUUGUCUCUGUGUGUGUGGUGCUGGAGGUGAAAGCUUUAGAGCUGCUUGGUGGAUUCCCAGAUGGAGUUUCUAUUGGGCAGAAACAAUGCUGAGUUACUCGUACCAUGUAGAAUUUGAGCCCUUGUCAGCCAGCUGCUUAGUUAGGAUGGAACUUCAUGAGUCCAGAGCCCAGUUCUCUCUUCCACAGAUGGCUACACACCUGCAUUUAAAGGCAGUAGGAAACUGGCAGGUACACCAGUGUUGCUUGACACAGAUCUUCUAUUUGCCUUUAAUCAUGUUAAGCAUAAAGUCUGGGAAGGGGAGGGGGGAAUACUCAUGAGUGCAUUUCAGAUGUGCCAUUUAUUUCACGUGGGACUGGGUGGUAGUGAAGCCUGCAAAGAGAUGCAGCCUUCCUUCUAAAGUGCUUGUGCAGCUCUGUGAUGCAGCCCUUUGUAUUUUGCUUGUCUUUGGCAGUAUUAGUUCUCUGGGGAGCUUGAAUUGCCUUUUUUAGCUGCCCCACAUUUCACAGUGUCCCAACUCAAGACUGUUAAUCUGUGACUAAUGUUUUUUUCUGAGAUUUUCAAACUGAUGAUGUAUAUUUUAAAGCAAGAAAUAAAACUAUUUUAAAAGUA